AUGAGGGCUGGUGUUGAUAUCUUUGCUCUUGACUAUGAUGCUAUUAUUGCUGCCAUGUAUGCAUUGACUGUUAGUGCCGAGGGAGACUGUUACUUGUGUGUGCCGCCUGACCCAGGUAUAGAGCCCGCUGCCCUAGGUGCUAGUGAGUCUGCUCUCUCUGGUAUGGUGCCCCCUGUACCUGCUCCCUCCAGUGCUGUCCCGGCUGUUUGCGAGUCUGCUCUCUCAGGUACAGCACCCACAGAGACUGCUCUCUCAGGUACCGCACCGGCUGAGGCCUGUCACACCUUCACCCUUGACUCAGGUGCUUCCCGCUGUUUCUUUCGUGACAGUACUGAGCUCACACCGCUUCCUGCACCGGUCCCAGUCUCCUUGGCUGACCCCUCUGGGGGCCCAGUCCUUGCCCAGUCCACCACUGUGCUCCCUUGUCCGGCGGUUCCGUCUGGCUCGUUGACGGGUUUCCACCUCCCCUCGUUCUCGACGAACCUGGUGAGCAACGCUGUCAUCCAGGAUCAGUGGGUUGACACCUUUACCCCUGGAGGACAGCGUGUGGCGAUCUGCACGUGCUCCAGGACCGGCCGUCACCUGGCAACGUUUACCCGUCGGCCGGGGUCGAGUCUCUACACACUGACCACUGCGUCUCCUCAGGUCGCUGCUGUCGGUCAGGUGUCUGCGUCAGGUCUGGUAGCCCACGCCUGUGAGUGUCGUUCCCUGUCGCACCAGACUCUUCUCUGGCACCACCGCCUGGGUCACCCCUCCUUGCCACGCCUUCGUGGCAUGCACCGUCGCCACCUUGUGUCUGGUCUUCCCAGGUCCCUCCCUCCCCUCCCUGCCUCGCCUGCGCCGCCUUGCCUUCCUUGUGUCGAGGGGCGGCAGCGCGCCGCUCCUCACUCCUCCUCGUUCCCCCCGACAGAGGCUCCUUUGCAGACCCUCCACCUGGACGUGUGGGGCCCAGCCCGCGUUCGUGGUCAGGGCGGUGAGCGGUAUUUUUUGCUGGUUGUCGACGACUACUCGCGUUACACCACGGUCUUCCCCUUGCGCACCAAGGGUGAGGUCCCUGCUGUUCUGAUCCCUUGGAUCCGCACAGUUCGUCUCCAGCUCCGCCGCCGUUUCCGGACGGAUCUUCCUGUCCUGCGUCUGCACUCUGACAGAGGUGGUGAGUUCUCCUCCGAUCUCUUGAGGACCUUCUGUCAGGCGGAGGGCAUUGAGCAGACCUUCACGCUUCCGGACUCCCCACAGCAGAAUGGGGUUGCUGAGCGCCGCAUUGGCCUGGUCAUGGAGGUCGCUCGUACCUCCUUGGUCCACGCGGCGGCUCCCCAUUUUCUGUGGCCGUUUGCUGUCCGGUACGCCGCGCAUCAGCUCAACCUCUGGCCCCGUGUCUCCUUGCCGGAGACCUCGCCCACACUGCGUUGGACGGGGGAGGUUGGCGAUGCGUCGCGCUUCCGGGUGUGGGGUGCUCGUGCCCUUGUCCGCGAUACGUCCGCGGACAAGCUCUCCUCCCGCACGCUUCCCUGUGUCUUCCUUGGCUUUGUCCCUGACGCGCCUGGCUGGCAGUUUUACCACCCCACCUCGCGCCGGGUCUUCGCCUCUCAGGAUGUCACCUUUGACGAGUCGGUCCCUUUUUACCGUCUCUUCCCCUACCGCACUGCCCCCCUCCCUCCCCCGCCGCUGUUCCUUGCUCCUGGCCCCCCUCCGGUAGACCCCCUUCCCCCUCAGGGUCCUGCUCCUUCAGGUGUCUCUCAGGUAGACCCUCCUCCCGUCGCUGAGCCUGUCGAGGUCACCGUUGACUCAGGUGCUGCUGCAGGUGGUACUGCUGGGAGUGCUGAGCCUGGGGGUGCUGAGCCUGCGGGUGCUGGGCCUGGGAGUGCUGGGACUGCGGGUGCUGGAGCUGGGGUACUGUGCCUGAGAGUUUGCCGCCUGGGGGUGCUGAGCCUGGGGGUGCUGCGACUGGGGGUGCUGAGCCUGCGUGUGCGGAUCUCUCACACCGCAGCAGCUUCGUGA